AGGGCAGUCGCACUGAAGGUAAUGCGCACGCUGUCAUCAGGUAGAUUGGUGAAUUCGACAUCGUUUGAUCUGUUACCUUCGACUUGUGAAGUUUCGAAAGAAGAGGGUAAAAUGACAGUCGCAGAAAGAAAAGCGAUUCGAAAAGUGGCCGGGCAGCAUCUCCGUACAGCUUACGGCAUCAAGGUCAAGAAGUGGAACGAAAAAAAACAAGUCCGGUAUGAGUCGACAGCAACCAAGUCGACAAAGGUCUUUGGUGUGCCCUUGGAGUGCUUGCCGUGUUCUCAGAUGGAGUAUGGGAGUGUCCCUUGCUUUCUGGUGGAUGCAUGCAUGAACUUGCUGGAGCAUGUCGACACAGAGGGCCUGUUUAGAGUAUCUGGCUCUCUUGCUCACCUGAAGACACUGCAGAAAAAAUUGGAUUCUGGUGAGGAGUACCUGUCUGCCUGUCGUCCUUGUGACGUGGCCGGCCUGGUGAAGAAGUUCUUCAAGGAGUUGCCUGAACCGGUGCUACCCACCAAGAUGCAGGAGGCCUUCCUCAAGGCACAGCAUCUUCCCACCAAGGAGGACCGCACCUGCGCCACCAUGCUGCUCUCUUGCGUCCUUCCUGAUGCAAGCCAGAGUGUCAUGCGUCACAUCUCCGAGUUCCUGCUAAAAGUGUCCAAGAGGAGUGCAAAGAAUAAAAUGGACUCCGCUAACUUGUCGUUAGUCUUGGCUCCCACCCUCCUCCAGUCCGGAGGAGUUACAAAGAUGGACGGCAACGCAGAGAGACGCCUCCAACUGGAGAGGGAUGUCCUUCACUGCUUUAUAGAGAACGCCCACCACAUUGGUAAGAUGCCGCAAAUGCUUCAAGAGAAGCUUUCUGCCAAGAUGGACCGUGAGCCAGCAUUAGCCAGUUUCAUAGACAAAAUCAAAAGGUCCGUGACGGCAGUGAAAGCGAAGCAAUGGCAUUGCGGCACCUACAAGCCCGUGACGCAGACCUUUUCCCAUCACCCAAAGGGACUCCCUUUGUGCACUUCCUGGACUGUCGUCUCUCAACUGCCAGACACAGCAACAGACACUGAGAUAACACUUGUAAAAAAUCGAAUGAGAGACGAGAAUUUACCGGUCACAAUGAUGUCACAGAGAAGAUCAUGAUUUUCUUCUUUCUGAUUGUACAUUCUUGAAUGUAAUGA